UGGCGUAGCUAUAAAGCCGGGCACUUGGCCGUCGGCGCUUCAGUUCAGAACCUCAACUACGCCGCGAUCGUGCAACUAUAUUCUACACUAUGCUCAAGUAUCUGAUCGUCGCUCUGGCCCUCUGCGCUGUGGCCCGUGCCGAUGACUGGACGCCCAAGACUGGCGAGGAGAUCCGCGGCAUCCGCGUGGAGUGCCUAAAGGAGACGCCGCUGAGUGGCGACCAGAUUGCCCAGCUGAAGAACCUGGUCUUCCCCGACGAGCCCGAUGUGCGUCAGUAUCUGGCCUGCACGGCCACCAAGCUAGGUAUCUUCUGCGACCAGCAGGGCUACCACGCCGACCGCCUGGCCAAGCAGUUCAAGAUGGACCUGUCCGAGGAGGAGGCUCUCCAGAUCGCCCAGAGCUGCAUCGAUGACAAUGCCCAGAAGAGUCCCACGGAUGUGUGGGCCUUCCGCGGCCACCAGUGCAUGAUGGCCAGCAAGAUUGGCGACAAGGUCAAGGCUUUUGUGAAGGCCAAGCAGGAGGAGGCCCAGAAGAAGAAGUCGGCCUAAGAUCGAAAUUUAUACCCAAAAACAAAAAUAAAGUGUGUUCGUCUCUUGUGCUGGAAUGCAAUCAUUCGAA